AAUAGGAAAAAACUUUCACGGCUGCUUUGUGGCUGCUCUCCAGCCUUUCCUUUAGCUGGGCUGGUCGCAUUGUGAACAGGAGUUGCUCUUAGCUGAAGCUGCUCCUGCUUUGCAGCGUCCCACCCUCCCACAUCCAGCCUCUCCGUAGUGUUUAUUUCUUUUCCUGCUGUGGAUGCAGGCUGCAGACGUGCGGAUACCGGGAAGGUGCAGCAGAUGCUGGGCUUCAUCCCCCAGCCCACUGAGCGAACGAGCAGCUUGGCUUCGGUCCCAUCCCACCCCGCCCGCCGAUGCUGAACCCGGCACUUGUGACAGGGAAAGGCAGCAGCAGGCAGAGGAGCCUGAGACACCUUCAGAAAAGCACACAAGACAUGGAGCCCUUGAUGAGGAGAUGCUGCUCUCACUGCUGAUCCGUACUACACCUGCUUCUUUCCCUCCUAUCAUGGGAGGGACAGACAUCCAGGGCAGCAAAGCCAGGAGCCCCAGCUCACCCUGGGAGCUCAUCUCUGCAGGUCAGAAGAAGAUACUGAGGCCAGGGUGUUUUCUGGCACAAGAGCCAGUGCAGGAGGCCAGGGCAGGAGGAGGCAGCACUGGAGUCAGGCCGUUCCAAGCACUGUCUGAUGAAGAGGGUGAAGUCCCAACAGCCUCAAACUGCCCUUUGAUACCACGCCUGGGUUUUGUCCAUGUGUUUCCCCCUGAGGAAUAUCUUGUUCUGCAGGGUCUCUGUCUGCAUUGGCCAUUCAUGGAUUUCAGCAGUGCAAAUCAUUUCGAUGCCUGCAUAGCUCUGAAACAAAGCAGCCAUUUCUUCCUCCACUGCUCAGCCUGGUCCUUCUGCUGGAGAUAAUUCAUGUGCCUGCUGUUCUCAUCCAUCCCUGGAAAGGGGGAGGGCUGGGCUAUGUUUAAUAAAAAAUAUCUUAUACUGUUUACUGACCAAGAGUUGUUCGACAGAUGCUCCAUUCUUAGCCAUGCUUAAAUUAUUCCCUAAGCAAACAAUGCAAACUGCACACUUCAUCUUACCCAACACAAAAAUAAACAGAACACGCAAAAUACAUGGUUCUGGUUUAAGUUCCCAUAUAAAGAAUACUGAUUUCUUCUUUGCUUAAAUAUUUUCUGCAUAAUGUUUGCUCGGUGAUUUAUUCUUUCACUGGCUACAACAAAUUAAAUGUCAAAACCUGUUUAUUUUAUGAAUUUUUAAGACUAAUAGUGAGUCUUCUAUUUCAGCUUAAAUAAUGUUGUUCAUGAGAUGCCUCUUGAUGGAUUGUAUAAAUAAAGCCAGAUACAGAGAUUAAAAAAAACAAGAGCUAGUUUUUUUCCUCCUUUUUUUUAGUUUACCAAAGAAGCAAGUGAAUAAAGAAAACAGCUCUAUUUUCCCUAAAACUUUUGUAGACAUAAGAAAGGACACUACCUGCAAGAUCACUGCAGAUCUGCUUUGCUGCUUUUGGGUCUCUCCUACCACAUCCUGCUGUGUUCCGUCUUGCCAAGAGGCUGGAGGGGAUGGAGCUGGGGUGUCCCAGGGCACUGGGACCAGCCCACUCCAUGUCCCAGUAUGGCCCAGGCUCCGAGGGCCCCU